GGCUGGGAGAAGGUUCUGCUCUUCUUCACCCGGACAGCAGGUCCCACCCUCGGUCCUUGGAGAAGAGUGCAUGGAGGGCUUUCAAGGAGUCACAGUGUCAUCAUAUGCUGAAACAUCUUCACAAUGGAGCCCGGAUCACUGUGCAGAUGCCUCCCAAUAUUGAGGGACACUGGGUCUCUACUGGCUGCGAAGUUAGAGCAGGCCCAGAGUUCAUCACAAGAUCUUACAGGUUCUACCACAAUAAUACAUUUAAAGCCUAUCAGUUUUAUUACGGUGGCAAUCGCUGCACAAACCCUAUCUACACAUUAGUCAUACGUGGCAAAAUACGUCUCCGCCAAGCAUCCUGGAUCAUCCGAGGGGGUACGGAAGCUGAUUAUCAGCUACGCAACAUACAGAUCAUAUGCCACAACGAAGCAGUAGCCAAAAAAUUGAGUGAGUUGGUGAACCAUACGUGUCCUGGAUUUAUACCAGAAGAUAGUCCCUGGGAGCAGGAUGUGAGCUACGAUUUGCUGAGAGAAGAGAAUGGCUGUGAAUGCACCAAAGCUCUGAAUUUCGCCAUGCACGAACUCCAGCUGAUCCGUGUGGAGAAGCAGUACCUGCACCACAAUUUGGACCACCUUGUGGAAGAGCUAUUUCUUGGAGAUAUUCAUACUGAUGCUACUCAGAGGCGGUACUAUCGCCCCUCUAGUUACCAACCUCCUCUUCAAAAUGCCAAGAACCACGACCGCACGUGCAUUGCGUGCAGAAUCAUCUACCGGUCGGAUGAGCACCAUCCUCCCAUCUUACCCCCCAAGGCAGACCUGACUAUAGGGCUACACGGAGAGUGGGUGAGCCAGCGCUGCGAGGUGCGACCAGAGGUCCUCUUCCUCACUCGCCACUUCAUCUUCCAUGACAACAACAACACCUGGGAAGGUCACUACUACCACUACUCCGAUCCCAUCUGCAAGCAUCCCACCUUCACCAUCUACGCCAAGGGACGUUACAGCCGGGGAGUGCACUCGUCCAAAGUGAUGGGCGGCACGGAGUUUGUGUUCAAAGUAAAUCACAUGAAGGUCACUCCCAUGGAUAUAUCCACAGCCUCUCUGCUCAAUGUCUUCAACGGGAACGAGUGCGGAGCACAGGGGUCCUGGCAAGUUGGGGUUCAGCAAGAUGUCACCCACACGAAUGGCUGCAUCGCGCUCGGCAUCCGCCUACCUCACACCGAGUAUGAAAUCUUCAAAAUGGAGCAGGAUGCCCGGGGCAGGUACUUGCUGUACAACGGCCAGAGACCGAGCGACGGGUCCAGCCCCGACCGACCAGAGAAGAGAGCCACUUCCUACCAGAUGCCUUUAAUUCAGUGCGCUUCAUCAGUACCCAGAUCUGAAGAGUCACCAGAGGAGAAUAAAAUAAGGCUGUAUAGCAGCAGGGCACCGGAAAAACAUCCCAGCGCCCUGGCUCUUGCUUUGGUGUUGUUUAUUUGUACUGUGUCAUAUUGGGACAUUCUCAGCUCGAAUUGAAAAAAACUUAUUUUUCAUGACUACAAAGCCAGGAUUCCACCAGACUGGGGGUUGUUUUUCUUCCAAAAGAAAGGGACAUUCAUUUUCUUGAUGCACUUGAAUGCCUGAGAACCGUUGUUCUUUUCCUUACUUCCCCCCUCCUCCUCGAAUCCUGAACGGCACUCGUUUGAUGUUUGUGCUUUGAACUUCAUCCAGUCUGAUCCCUGGCCUGACAUGACUGCACAAAAGUAAUUGCACUUUAGGACUGCAGACUUUUGGGGGGAGGGAGGGGGUCUCCUUUUAUUAUUAUUUUCUAACUGCUGGGGUGAUGUUAUGAUCCUGCUUCAGUCGUCUCUGCCAUCUUACCGUUGUGGUACUCUUCUCCCCAGCGCUGGAUUUCUCAUCAGAAUUUAUCUCUGGGGAAGAGCUCGGUGUCAUGCCAGUACUGUGAUAGUGGCUUCCCCCUCUGACUUCACAGCUCUGAUGUAGAUAUGUACAUAAGGAGGAAAUCCACAAAGAUUUAUCUUGUCAUUAUCUCACAGCUCCUAACACAAAAGGAAACAGCAAAUCAAUAGCCCUCUGUUCAGAUAGUGCUAAACGGUUAAUACCUCUAAUUAAAAAAAUAUUUCAAGUAAUUUAA